UGUCCAAUCUCGUGCUACAAAAGGCUUUACAUUGACGGCGCCUCGAUGCGCGUUGAUCCGUCGACCAACACCCGCUCCUGCCGAUCUCCACUGCCGCCGCCGUCCCCUCCCUCCGACCACCUCUUCGUCCUCGUCCACCGCCGGCCCUUGGGGAACCGACCCCUAAAGAGGUUCGAUCAUGGUUCUCUCUAGGCUUUCGCUGCUCGGUGCCAGGAUAUUAAGGGAGUCAAGAUUAGGUCAAAUUUCUACAAUUCAAAGAGACUUGAAAACAGGGCCUUUUAGCCCUUUCCUAUAUCCCAUGGGAAAAUUUUGCUUUUCUAACGCAGCCAAUGGUCAAACUACUGAGGGGGAUGGAAAAGAUAAAGAAACGAUAUCUGUGACUUUCCUUGAUAAGGAUGGUGAGGAAAAGGUUAUCAAGGUUCCUGUUGGAAUGUCAAUGCUUGAAGCCGCUCACGAGAAUGACAUCGAACUUGAAGGGGCAUGUGAGGGUUCUCUUGCGUGUUCCACAUGUCAUGUGAUUGUGAUGGUAUGCCAUGAGGAUGUCAACUACUACAACAAAUUAGAAGAUCCGACGGAUGAAGAAAAUGAUAUGCUGGACCUUGCUUUUGGCCUAACUGAGACGUCUCGCCUUGGUUGCCAAAUAGUUGCAAAGCCUGAACUUGAUGGAAUUCGAUUGGCACUACCAGCAGCCACCCGAAACUUUGCCGUUGAUGGAUUUGUACCAAAACCACACUAAACUGUUACACGUUCAAUUGAAAGACUGGAUCCUGACCUCAAUUUUGUAGCUUUAUGCCAUGUAAAGUGUUAUUCACGUUUAUCACCAUAAUCAUUCAAACUAUGUGAGUAACUGGCGCAAUAAUUUUGAUUUUAUCUUGUUAUCAGUAACUCUUUAUCUAAGAGGAGAGAUUGUCAGUUUAAAGAUCUACAAUGAUGUAACUUGUUAUCUUUCUAGUACCCGGAGGUUAAGCAUUUAAAUCAACUCGAACU